CCAUUCAAUAUUAGACAUCGUCUCCUUUCGUGUCCAGUCGACGCUCGAGUUCGCCACGAGUCGGAUCGAUUUCGAUCCGGAAAACUGUGAACUCGCGGUCGCGAUUUGUGAUAUUGAAAAAUGGGCGAAUUGACGAGGUAUUCGUUGAAGGAAGUGGCGCGACAGAAUGGAAGAGACGGUGCGAAGUGCUGGCUGGUGAUUCAGGAUUUCGUGUACGACGUGACCACUUACAUGAAACACCAUCCCGGAGGAUCCGAUCUGCUCGAAGAGUACGCGGGACAGGACGCGACGCGUGGUUUCAAAGAUUUCGGACACUCUUCCGACGCGAAGAAGAAGUUGAAAGAAUUUCUGAUCGGCGAAUUGAUAGAGGAAGAUAAAAUUGACAAUCGGAAGAAGAAACGAGGGAACGUCCAAACGAACGAGGCCGUGGCGACUAAAAAUGGCAAGAGAAGAUUCUUGUCGAGACUCUGCGGGAAUUGCGCGUGACGAGCGUGGGGAGAAGAUUCGAAUCGAUUCGUAGUCGAUUUAAUUUAUUAUACCUUUUAUACGAUCGUUGUACAUACACGACAAUGGGAUAUAGGAUAAGUAUCGAUGCGAUCGAUCGCGUAUAAGAUUUAAAAAAUAUGAAGGCUGAUCAGAUCGGUGCGCUAAGCGUUAGAUAAAAAACAUGAAUCUUGUGAA